GAAGAAAGAAAAAAAAAACAAAAUGAGAGCUCUCUUGUGCUCACACAAUUUCCUACCAUUAUCAUCUCUCUCAAGAACAACUCUAAACACUAAACCACAGAAUCCAAAAACCCUAAUAUCUAACAACAGACCAAGAUGGGAAUCCAAGCUCCACGCUGGACCCAAGGGGUUUCAAUCUACUAAAAGCUCUGAAAAACCCGGCCGACCAGACCCGGACCCGGAAGACGACGACCCGCCGAUACCUCAAGAAGUGUUCGAGAGGAUGAUGGGAAGGAUUGUGGUGUCUGUGGGAACACCUUUGGGCCUGGGAGUGGCAAUCUUGAAAAUACUCGAGGUUGUGAAAGAUAGACACGUCUGGGACGUGCCUUUGUGGGUUCCAUUCUUGACCACACUCGUGACCUUUGGUUCGUCGGCUCUUGGGAUUGCGUACGGAAGCUUGUCCACAAACCUGGACCCGACCAAGACUAACUCUGUUUUCGGACUCAAAGAGGCAAAGGAGAAUUGGGUAGAGAUGUGGAAAGAAGACUAGUGAUGAAUCGUGACACGAAGUGGUGUUUGGUCUGGUGACUUAUUUGCUUCCCUGAGAUCGAAUGUUGCCUAUUUGGGAGGAGCAUUUGAACUGUAUGCCCUGGUCCAAGAAGAUGUAAAUGGACAUGAAAAACUAUUAGAACUUUAUAAAAUUCAGUUCAAUAAGAACUUUAGAUUAAGUAAAAUUAUUACUUACGAGGUUACGUCAUAUUAAAAAAAAAUCUAUCAUUUGAAACAAUGUUGGUUUUCUCCCAAUUUUUUUGAA